AUUGUAACAGAAGUUAAAAACGUGUGAAAUUGGUGAUAGUUUCGUUUUCUGUAGGAAAAUUUCGUUGAUUUAAGAAUGGCUAGCGCCCCUGAUCCUGCUGAAGUCUUGGACUUCAAAAUGAAGCAGUUAUGUAGAUUUAGAGUCACUACGAAGAAGUAUGAUGUCCAGGACAAUUCCUCAUUGAUAGCCACCUCACAUUUGUAUGGAUUGGUCUUUGUUGGUACACCGGAUAAGCUGGUUGUCAUCAAAGUGGCAGACCUUGUGCAGAUUGAUCAUGCAUCUUCCAAGAAAUCCGAAAUUUCAUCAUUUCCCUCAAAGGAAAUUCUUUUGCCCAGCAAACCUAUUUUCGUAGCAUUGAGCUGUGAUAAUCUUUCCUUGAUGGUCUGCCUUCAAAUGUCUGGAUGCCCAGUAGGCUGGAUGUAUGAUGUCCGUGGAUUUGCAAGACAGACAGGAGAAUGGAACCCAUUUCAAGAAAUUAGGCUUUCAUCUACAGAUGGAAUAACAGUGAGUGAUUGUGCGUGGAACCCCACUAUACCUGGUCUAGUUGCUGUUAGCCUAAGUGAUGGAUCUUUAGUUGCAGUUGAAAUUAAUAACACCCAAUUCUCCAUAAUUAGCCUUCCAUCAAACACACAAGCCCAAGCCAUUUCUUGGAGUCCCAAAGGCAAACAGCUUGUUGUGGCCAGGCCUGGAAAACUAGUUCAAUACAAACCUGAUUUAAAAGAAGCCAAAACAACAGCGUUUAGUGGUAGCGAUGUCCACAUGAACACACCGGUUGCCUGUGGGCUUCAAUGGCUUUCAACAUCUCAAUUUCUCGUGACAUUCAUCGAUCAAGAUGAUCCAAAUUCACGCCCUCAUCUCCAUAUCGUCAAUGUGCAGAAAUCGGGGGCUACGACUUUCAUAGAUUAUGACGAUGUUUGCUACGGUAGCCCUUCUGGAAGACCACAUAAGUAUCUUACACAGAGUAUACCUUCUUGGAAUGUUUUAUUAGCAUCUUCAGCGAAUGCAAUAGAAAUUGCUGUUCUCGGCCAGACGGGAGGUGGGGAUGCUGAUCAUCCUGAAUGGAGGCAAUGGACGUUGGAAGGUGAAUGGCGAGCUGAACUACCACUCGAUGAAAAUACGGAGACGAACCCAAUGGGAAUGGCCAUCGACACUACAAGCCAAACUCCUAUUAGCUGGGAUGACAACCAGACAUUACCACCUGCACCGAUACUUUUCGUUCUAAGCACCCACGGUUUGCUUUGCCCUUUUCAUAUAAUAAACCAGAAGAAUCCCACACCCGUGAACCAGGUACCUCAACAAUUGUCGGUGACCGGUGAGAGGCCAGCGCGAAGUGGAAUUGGACUUAAAACGGCACCACUAGCAGCUUCAACUCCAUUGCCUUCUGCCCCUAAAGUAGGCAUUCCCAGAACAAACCUUGGAGAGCGGUUCGCCACGUUCGCCGAACCUCCUUCCUUGACAGUCCCAACUACAACGCAUUCAGUGUCAGGUCCUGCCGUCCUCGAUAAGGUUUUCGGUAACAAACCUCUUCAGCCCAGCGUACCAUCAGCAACCGCGGAUAACGGGGCAUUCCUGCCUGCGCCUGUUGCACCUGUGAAGGCAGAAGCCACUCCUGUUGUUCCAAGCGCUGUUAAAUUAGCAAGUCAAACCGUGGCGACAGAACAGCCAAAUGUUCAGGCGUCCGUGGAUGCUGCAACUGCAAUUUUACGUGAUGAAGUUGUCAAAUUUGUUCAAGACUUGGAAGAGUUCAAAACGCGUUCGUCGUCUUUGAAAGUUACAGUUGCUAGUGAAGAAGAUAAACAGCGAUUGUUGAAACUGACUUCUGAUCUGUCUGGCUUUGGUGUGGAUCUAGUUGAUACCACGAAAAUGCAAGACGAAGAAGUUAGAGGCUUGUGCACUGAUUUAGUUGAAGUUGCCGCACUUCUAGAAGAUGCCCGUGUACGACACGCUCGUCGUAAGAAUUCCCGCUACAGCCACUUGCUCAAAUUACGGCCUUUAGAUCCAGGUAAUCGCCGAAAAAUGGACGAUAUCGAGCGUUUGCACAUUCAUAUAGAACAACAGCUUGUGGAAGCUUCACGAUGCCUAGAUUCUAUCAGUCGCGAACGUACUAGAGACAGCAAUCGAAAAGUUGAAAUCCCCAUAACUCAGGUGAUUUAUGAAGCGAUCAGAAACAACGCCAAAGUUAUAUCACAGUUAAAGUCUCGGGUAGAACGCAUCAUAGCCCAGAGCAAGGAACAGCAGUUAAAAAUCGCCGGAGCUGCUUUCGAAGUCCUAAGGCCGAAGGGAGCUGAUGACUCGUGCAAGUGGGAAUCCGAAUUGGCUGUUCUGGCCGACUCACUUCUAACAUCAAGUAUAAAAAGUGAAACUGGCAUACACGCACCACAUCCAGUCAUCCCACAAGUAUCCCCUGAAAAACAAGCAAUGCUCAGGAGCGUACUAGCGCAUAGGCCUGUGGCUCGCAUUCGAGCUGUACGCCCAGAAUCAGUUGCAGAAUCACGUUUGCUGUCAAACCUCUCCGGUUUCAUGCACAAGGAAGAUAAAAGCGCGUCGACUGCUGCAUCGAAUUCCAUCAUUUCACAAGCGUCGUCCAAGAAUUCCGUGCUGAAUGCUAGAGAUACUUCACUUUCGUCACCUGUGGAAAUCAAACCACAGUUACCGAAAUUGGGAUCAGCAAACAUUGGAGGCAAUGCUGUAACUCCGGUAGCCUUGACACGUGCUCCUCUUGCCAAGUUUGUUCCCCAACCAACUCCCGAGGUAGAAGACGUCACUCCGCCAUCCUCACCAGUAAACUUGGAUCAAAAAGCGAAAGAUAUUGGUAGUGCGCUAAUGAUGAGCAGUUUCAGUUUACCUUCGCGUAUCACAACAACUACUGUAGCAGACGACAAACCGACUUCGAAGUUAGCCGAUGUGAAACCAACCGUCUCUUUGCCUACUUCUCUUCCACCACCUUACGAACCAAAACCAACGUUUGCUACAAUGCCGACAUCGAUACCUAGUCUGUCGUUUGGAACUCCUAAGCAGACCCCUCAGCAAUCUGGGCUAGGAUCGACAAGUCUCUCCGGCAAGUCAUCAUUUGCUUCCGCAUUUAGCGCUGCGUCUACACCUUCCACUACUCCGGCGACUGCACCAUCCAAAGUGACGGCCGAAAGUACGUCAUUGUUUGCUGCUUUAGGCACACCUGCUGUUCCAACAACAGUCCAGUCACAACCAACUAAGAGUUUAAGCACACCGUCGUUUGGACUGGCGUUUCCCCCUGUCACACCUACGUCCGCGCCCAGUCCUGUGCCAACCAAACCAGCAGAACAAGUUCCAGCUCUAAAAACGAGCUUUUCGUUUAACUCUUUAGCAACAGCUGUUGCAGCACCAACUCCGACUGUCGUGACAACGUCCACUGUGCCAGCUGCCGGGGCGCUUCCAAAUUUUACAUUCGCUUCUUCUACGCUCGCGACGACCACAACUGCAUCGCCUACGAUUGCUACCACCACUACUGCUCCCUUGUCUUUUGUAACACCUCAGUCGUCCUCCUCGAUUAGUACUUCGAGCAGCGAUGGUUUUGCUACGACUGUUAAACCGACUGCAGCGCCAACAAAUUUCUCUUUCAAUCUGGCCAAAGUUCCGAGCUCAUCGAGUGUCACCGCACCAGCAGCCGCACCUUUCACGUUCAACCCUUCCGGAGCUGGCUUGGCCACCACCGGUGCUACCCCAACAAUAUUUUCAACGCCUAGUUCUACAGCAGUGGCCGGAUCGCUGUUUUCGUUAACUUCAACAACCAAAACGCCAACCGCCUUCGGUGUCGUAAGCACCGUUGCACCAGCAACUACACCGACCUCCUCACUCUUUGGCCAGACUCCAGCAGUGUCUGCUGCGGCAACAUCAGCUCCGGCAAUUUCAUCUCUUUUUGGUCAGUCCUCUACCUCGACCGUGGCACCUAGUACCUCUACCACAGGUGUAACACCUUUGUUUGGUCAAGGCCAACCUGCCAGCUCAUUGGCUACAGGUGCCACUGUAACGCAACCCGCUUUUGGACUUACCACUGCAAAUGCAGCUGCCACUCCAGCACCGGCAGUUACGACAAUUUUCGGCCAGCCAACCACUACAUCGCAGAACACUGGAAGUUUGUUCGGCCAGCCUUCUAAUCCGCCAGCCGGACUGUUUUCAUCCCCGUUUGGACAAGGAAGUUUCGGGCAAUCAACUUCUACUACAUCUAGUACAGUAAAUACACCACUCUUUGGACAAUCGACUUUUGGCAAACCAGCUCUACCUCAGACAAGCGUAGCUCCGUCCGUCUCAUCUUUCGGAUCACCGCCUGUGUUUGGACAGACCAGUGGAGCAGCCACUGGAUUGUCAGCUGGAAGCGUUUUUGGACAAGGCACCACUGCGACUACGACCCCGAUCAAACCGUUAUUUGGUGGAUCUGCAUUUGGACAGACUCCGACCAAUGCUGCGGCCAAUGCUUCAUCCCCGAGCCAAGGCUUUGGAGCUAAUAUGUUUGGUAACAUGGGCUUAGGUGGCACUCCGAAUGCUGCCAACGCCAAUCGAAACGCUUUUGGUGGUGGAACGGUUUUCGGCAGCGCAACCCCGUCUGGUCAAGGAACGUUUGGCAGCACGGCUGGAUCGUCUUCUUUCGGAGCUCAAACAGCUACCCCGUCUGCUGCUCCUUCGUUUGGCAGUCCUUCGCAACCCAGUUUUGGAGGGUUCAGUCAGACCCAACCAGCCUUUGGUGGAGCUGCAACAUUCGGUGGUUCUCCGUUGUUUGGAAGUAAACCAACUUUCGGUGGUGGACCGACAUUUGGUUCCCCAGUUAGUAGCCUUGCGGCACCUAAACAGGAAGCAGGAUUUGGUGCGUUCGCUGCCUCUAAUAACGUCCCCACAUUUGGAGUGCUCGCAAGUUCUGGACCGUCUUUCGAAGCCUUGGCAAGUAGCAGCAAUUCGCAACCGGCAUUUGGAGGGGCAGCGUUUCCAUCCACCAAUCCACCAUCCUUUGGAGGGGGAAGCUCUUUUUCUUCAUGGCGUUAGAUUUGUUAAGCGUUCGCCAUUUUUUCGCCAAAUUUGUUGUUUUGUAACUUCGUGUCUGAACUUGAAAACCCGAAUAAAUCCUGUACGUUCUA